AGCUCGGGAUCUGGGUUAUAAACGACUCUCUCUGGUUUGACUCAAAAAGGAAUUUACUGCUUGUCUCUCUUCUCCACCAUCAUGGGGUGUGUGGUUGCCUAUUCCUCACUAUGUGUUUUCACAAGACUUGCAGGAUCAAACGAUUCCUGGCUAAGAAACAAAAGCAGAAUUGUCCCGUUCCCUGGUGGAUUCAGAUGAAAACUGGUAAUGAAAUCAGGUUAAACUCCAAGAGGAGACACUGCAGAAGAAUCAAGAUGGGUAUAUAA